UUUAAGUUCCCUUACAAAUACCCACCCAAGAAAAUAAAUUAAAUUUUUUAAUAAGUGUCUUCUCAAAAAAAGCACAUUGUGACAAGCACAAGCACUCACCACAACAUGAUUAACAUAUAUGUAUUCAUAGCCCAAAUAGAAAUAAAGACUCAUAUCAUGAAUUCCUAACUUAAUACUUUGCAUCUCCAUCUCUUCAUUCUCAAAAACUUAAGUCCUCUAAAAGGAGUACUAAAGGGGCGGCGAUGAUACAGGUGUUGGCGGUGAUGAGUCGAAACAUUCGGAACAUGAAGAAAAGUACCAAAGUGGCUGAUGAGAACAUGUUUACUGAAGGAAAUGGAGUUGAGCUUCCAGUUAUGAAUCAUGGUGCAAGACAAGGGUCGUUUAACGGUUUUUCUAUUAUUUACAGCAUUUUAAGAGCGCCACUUUCGCUUCUUUCAUGCCUCUCUUCUCACUCACAUGGUGCUGCAGAUGGAGUUUGGGUUUCUGGCGAAUUUGCAAGGAUAUCAGAGGUGAAUCAUCAUAUUUUGGUCAGUGACAGCAUGCGUUUGUCUGAACGGCCAACGAAUAAAGUCCGGCUACCCAGGAUAACUCAAUGGCAAAAGGCGACCUCAUAAGCCAUCGAACGCAAACAACGCUGGGUAACCCAAGCCCACCAUGUAGCUCCAUUCCAGGAAGGACCCUGAGGUCCAAUCAUGAAUUUGAACCCUCAAAACCAUGAGUAAAACCUAGAUGCCUCAACAAUUCAUCUAUGGUUCAUUGGUCUUAAUAUCUAUCUAUAUAUACGGCAAUGAAGUCAAAUAAAAUAUGUAACUUUGGAAAUACUGCAUGUCUUGUUGAUUUUAAUGUUUUUUAACAUUUACAAUACAAAAGCAUGUUGGCCCUCAAGAGUGUCAAAGUUGCAAUGAGGCAUUAGUAGUAGAAAAUAUUCAAGUGGCAAUCAAUCAUUCAUCAAAAAGUGAAAAGGAACAAUUGAAAAUGGUUGAUGAAAGUGAAAGAAAGCAACUUACUUGGCUGUAUAUGACGGAGCAGAGUAAGACUCGACUCAACCACAUUUUUAGCAUCUGGUCCAUGAGUGCGUGGGCACCGGCUCAGACCCAAAACAAGUGGUGUUAGUAUCAUAGUAUGUAGUCAAUAUUGAACCUAAAUUGUGUAUGUAUUUACUAC